AUCAACUGCAAUUUCUUAUACUCAAGCAACAUGUCUUCUCUAUUUCGAGUGUUUCCUGAAGCUAGAAGUCUAAUGGAUCCCAUGUCCAACAGACUCUCUACACCAUUUCAUGGUCCUUCCUAUUUAACUCAUCAUCCCUUUUCCCGCCAUAUGUUCCCACUGACUCAUCCUUAUAUGUUUCCUGACCCGUUUACUCUGUCGUUUCCUCCUUUUGAUCGUCAAGCCAUGCGUCAUCCACUAAUGGAUGUCGAGGAAACAGAAUCGUCUUAUCUGGUCAGCGCUGAAAUACCAGGAGUCCCGCGCGAGUCGCUCGUCUGUCGAGUCGAGAAUGGGGACACUCUAGUGAUAGGCGGAUCGGUAUCUUCCAACAAUGGCACUGAGCCUGCUAAUGUUACUGGAACUGAAUCAACAGAUUCUGCUGUUAUUGCUCGAGAUCCAAAGGCGCAACCCAGUGAGCGCAUGUAUGGAACCUUUCAACGAUCCAUUUCAUUUGGAGUCAAGAUUGACCCAACAAAGCUCAAGGCAGGCCUAAAAGAUGGAGUGCUAACUGUUGAAAUACCCAAAGAACCCAGUGCAAACUCGGUGGACAUUCCUAUUAUCUGAGCCAACUCAGCUUGCAAUACCCAAUCAAAUAAAAACGCUUUGCAUCAACGAAUAGAAAAUAGAGUGGGUGGAGGUUGCUAAGCCAAUGCAACUUUAGACUUGCAUUCGGUUUGAAACUUUACUUUGAUUUUAUUAAAAAUUACAAUUCGCAGGCCU